UAUAUUAGCAAUUCCCCGUAAAAUUUACGUAAAUUACUGAAAAAACAAACUAAAGGACGAACUCGGAGCAUCUUACGUCAUCAAUGUGCGUCUGCGUUUACUGGCAGUAUGGCUCCACUGUGAAAGCUGGUGUGAUUCGAACUUUAGUCUAAAGGUUUUAUACGUUUUACCUCUUACCUGUGAUUUUGUUGAGGAUGACCAUGGAUUUAACUUUCCUCGGGACGGGCGCGGCCUACCCGUCUCCUCACCGCGGUGCCUCGGCUCUGGUGCUGCGGGCAGAAGGUGACUGCUGGUUGUUUGACUGCGGAGAAGGAACCCAGACCCAGCUGAUGAAAAGUCAGCUCAGAGUCGGUUGUAUUUCAAAGAUUUUCAUCUCCCACUUACACGGUGACCACCUGUUUGGACUCCCUGGUCUCCUUUGCACCGUGAGUCUCAAUACCAACCCUGACCCUCAGCAGGCACUCAACUGUGUAGACAUCUACGGGCCCCGUGGUCUUCGACACUUUCUAAGGGUGACGCUUGGUCUUACUGGUUCACAACUGCUUUUUCCUUAUGCAGUGCACGAGCUGGAGCCCACAUCAGACCAGAGUCCCGCAGAAGGACAGCUCAGCCUGGAGAUGACAACAGACAGUGGUCCGCUGCACCCCCAGGAGCGAUCAGGCAGGACAAUUACUCUCGAUGUCUCCACUGACUCCUACCUUCUCUUUAAAGACAAAGUGUUUGUAGUUAAAGCUUUCAGGCUGUUUCACCGCAUCCCCUCCUUUGGGUUUUGCAUCCAGGAACAUGAUCGACCUGGGAGACUGAGAACUGAACGACUUAAAGAACUAGGUCUUAAACCUGGUCCACUGUAUGGGUGUUUGAAAGCUGGAGAGUCUGUGACCUUGGACAGUGGUCUAGUGGUACAGCCCAGUGAUGUGCUGGAGGACACUAUUCCAGGAAGGAAAGUCUGUAUUUUAGGAGACUGCAGCUCAAUUCUGGGAACAAAGAUUUUUGAUGUGUGCCAUGGAGCUGAUGUUCUGGUUCAUGAAGCAACACUGGCAAACCAGCACAAAGACAAAGCAGUGGACCACGGACACAGCACGCCACAGAUGGCAGCAGCAGUGGCACGGGUGUGCAGUGCAAAGCGGUUGGUGCUAUACCACUUCAGUCAGCGGUACAAACCAAGCUCCCAGCAGAAGGAAGGAGACAAGGACGAUGUAACAGAGCUGAAGAGACAGGCUGAAGAAGGUCUGCAGGACUGCGAUGUAGAAGUGCUCCUGGCUGAAGACUUUCUCAGUGUGCCUGUCCCUUUAAGAAGAUAAAAACUGAGACUUAAAGGAAUGGAGGUUGUCUGCUAAAUGCACAAGCGAACGUAGGGACUUAGACCAUGGACAGUAAAUUGAUGUUAAUGGCAAAACAUUUUUUUUGUACAUAUUUUUGUACACUUGAUUGAUCAGUAAACAAGUUCUACUAAUGUUUGACUCAAUCAUCUGUGAACAAGGUUUACUUUUUUGCCUUGGUCUUUGAGUGUCAACAAUUCCUACUAAGUCCAAAUUCAAGUUACUUAACCAUCUCCAAAUUCUUUAUUACAUAAAUCCCCGCAGCUUUUCUGAACCAUCUCAGCCUGUUGUUUUUUUUCUUUGUAAAUAAAGCUGAAAGUGCUAGAGAGAACCCUAAAUAGUGUGUUCCAAAAUGAUAAGAAAACACUCACUGUAAAUAAUUGGUUAAUAAGGUUAAUAUUACAACUUCAAAUGCAGAAUGUUUUAAGAACUUUCUGCACGUCCUUUGAAAGCAAGGAAGAUACAAUCAUUUCUGAACAUUUUCCAGAGCUUUAUUUCUGGAUCUGUACACAAGGUAUUAAAAUACAACAGAAAAUACAAAAUAAUGUUUAACAAAAGAAAAAAACCUCAAUGACUAUGUACAAUUCUUAUAAACAAUAAAGAUAGUUUCUUGGACAGUUCUCAUAGUGAAGUUUUUGAUUGUCUAUACUUCUGAAUAUACAUCUUUAGGUUUUGUAGGUGUUUUAUUCACAAAGGUGUGUUUUUUGUCAAAUAACUCAGGUUUCGGUUUCAAAACUCCUAUAUCUUUCUUCCUUCGUAAACUUCAAAACACAAUACAAAAUACAUUUGUUUAGCGCCUGCUCGCACACGUGUCAGACCAGAUGUAUCAAUAAAAUAUCAAAUUUUCUUAGAGUUCAAGGGUAUUGAAAAAAAAUCUACAUCUAUUUAAUGGCCUCAACAUUCUGACACUUCUGAAUUUUUGUACAAACCACAAGUAAAAUAAAUAUUACUGCACUGCUAAAGCUGGAGCUCAGGGGACCUACUGCAUUAUUCACAUUGCAUUAAAAAAGAGAGUUGAGUGUCUUUCACAUGUGGCUGCUCGUUUCAAC